CAUUGCCUUCCUCAUUAUCAUCCACACAGACACCUUAAUUGUUCUCUCUCUCUCUCUCUCUGUCGAUCACAUUUCACUUCCAAAGGAUCAAGCGAAAAUGAAGACGAACAGUUCGAGCGUAGGAGGAACGAAGAGGAAGAUGUGGAGCCGAGGAGUUGGAGGAGUGGUUAGAGAGCAAAAGGCUAAACUUUACAUCAUAAGGAGGUGUGUUGUCAUGCUUCUUUGUUGGCAUGACUAAUAACAAAAGAAGAAACAAAUCAAAUCAUUUUCAUCAUCACCAUCAUUAUCGGCUUAAGGAAGACUAACCCAAUAUUUAGUUCUUUUGUUUGUUGUUGUUGCGGAUGUUGCUUAUGUAACCCCUGGGAAGAAGCUUAUAUGUAUUGGCUUUCUAUACGGAAAGGAGCUAUGCAUGUAUUUUUGUAGUUUUUCAUCCCAAAGAAGGGUUUUCAGAUGUAAAUUAGUAGCUGAUUUCGAUUAUCUUUUGUUGUUGUUUUCUUCUUUCUGGUUGAUUAAGUUUAUCUUAUGAGAUCUGGUUGUUACAUAACUACCUUAAGUUCUGACCCAAAAUUGAUGAAGGUUGAAUUGUACUUUCACUGUUAGAA